CUUGUUUAUGGCGCAACCAACGUUUUGGUGCAUACCGCCACCUGCUGUACCGGAAUGUAGAUGCGCUGUGCACAUUUGCAAGGGACCCGGUAGUGAUAAGCUUCCAUCAUACAAAACACACAAAGAAAUGGAUAUGAGGACGCUUUCACGUUGAGGCCAUGGAUUUCAGGAUAAGCGUCAUAGAAGACGGAUUCAAUGGAUUUGGCUGUCAAAACUAGGAAACGUGGCUGCUUUGCGUAGGACUACUGCCAUUGAAAGAAACAGCUCACCGAAAGAGAGGGCUGACGUUUUAAUGGAAUUAGGACGCUGUUCAAUUCUGACACGGAUUCACCAAGCGUUGGCUUGUUCACCCACUAAUAGGGAACAUGAGCUGGCAUUAGACCGUGAGACAGAUCACUGCGUUGAAGGCUACGUGGGAUUCAUCAUGGUGCAGAAGUUGAAUGGCAGGUCAACUGGAGACGUGAUGAUUCCACCAGCUAAUCAACAUAAAAGACCUGCUUUGUCAUGGGCUUUAAAAAUUACUUCUGUUCCUGUGUUGGGCAAGUUCCGACCAACUGUGGGCCAAUGCUGCCAACAGUGCACUCCGGACAGUCUCUUGCACCAUCGUAAGACGUUUGGACAAAACCCCUCCCUUGGCUUCCACAACAUUCUUGAUAUCAAUGAGACUCACACUAGGUACAGAGGCUGGCUAGUGCGGAGGCUAUGUUGCCUGCUGUUUGUGAGCGGCUGCAAGGUUGAUCCAAGUCCUGUUAACAGCAGGCAGGAGAGGGUCUGUCAGAGCAACAGGGUGAGGGAGGCUCUCACAGCAGACCCUAAAACGCCUGAGGGGGGUGACAGCCAAGGGCAGCUCCAUCCGCUGUCAUCAUUCCACCCCAUGAUUAAUACCUGCAUCUCCCCGAGCCUUUUGCGAUGUGUGGGCUGGCUUAUGAUAAAGAUGUUUACCUCGGUGUUCGGCAGUAUUCAAGUGAACCUCAACCAUUUUGUGGCUUUGCACAGAGCCACUGAAGAGGGAUCGCUGCUUGUCUACAUGUACGUGCGUCAAAGCAUGGUGGACAGCGCUGUCCUCGCUCUGGUGCUCUUCUGUAAUGACCUGAGAGUCCCGUACACAAUUUGUCCAGUCCAAAUCAACAACUCCUUCCUAAGAUCGAUCCUUCAGAAAAUUGGUGUGAUCCUCUUGCCACCAUUUGCAGCGACUGAGCAUGAUGCCGAGAUGGACAGUAUAUACUCGCCUGUCAUGACCUCUCUAGUACGUGAGCUACUACACGAGGGCCAACCAUUAAGUGUUGGUGUGUCUGCAGAGUCUGGUCAAGGGGGGCAGUGGCUGGCUCGCAUCAGGCAGCUCAUCAAAGAGGGAUUUGUCCCUGAUGUCACUCUGGUCUCUGUGGGCAUCUCCUAUGACCGUGUGCCAGAGACGCGCACGCACGUUGGCUGGUUGUUGCGGUGUCUGUUGUCGCUUCUUUGGAGGAAACCAGAAGGGAUUGUUAGGAUCCAUUUGGCCCAACCUUUUUCUCUGAAGGAGAUGUAUGAAUCAGGGAGGUGCAGAGUAGUUGAAUGGCGCCCUCUACAGGACUUGCUGCUGCCUGUUAUUCUUGACAACAGGACUGACAGUGAGCUUGGUCAAAGGAAGAUGUCGUGGCUCUUGCCUUCUCAUGAUGCACCUGGACCCAAAGAGCGAACCCACCAAGAGAGAGACCUCAGCAUUGCCAUUAUUGUCCACCUCAUCUUCUCUGCAACCUCCUGCAUGGCUGUGAUGUCCACCAGUCUGCUGUCCAGUCUUUUGUUGUACAGACACCGCAAGGGUGUGAGCAUGUCAGUCCUGUGUCGUGAUGUGGCCUGGCUCACAGAGGAGCUCUUGUUCAGGAACAAAGAUGUCGGCUUUGGGGGUAGUUUAACAGAGGUGGUCCACCAUUCCCUUGCUCUGCUUGCUCCUCAUCUCAUCAUAGCCGUCAUGCCGUCCAGAAAAGACCCUUUAGUUGUGCCUCGUCCUACUCUUGCUGCCACCCUUCACCUCAACCAGCAGGCCCAGAUCGUCACACAUGCCUUUAUUUUGGAAGCUGUUGGCGCAUGUGCAGUGUCAGCUAUGCUAUACGAGGUUGCUGGCAGUGGCGUCAGCGGCAAGGUGAGAUCUGACAGCAUAGAUGGAGGGAAGGUCAAAGGUGACUUGGAGUUUGAUGUGGUGCUCCUGCAGUCCGAGCUGACUGAAAGAGCCCUUCAGCUCUGCCAUCUUCUGCCUCCGGGCUUUACACCACCCUGCCAGUCAUCUCAGAAUUUUGCUUUGGAUGCAAUUGACAGUCUGGUGAGAUGUGGCAUCUUGAUCAUGGAAGAAGUUCCAAGGGACAAUCCCAUCUGUGAUUUCUGGAAGAGAGAGGGCGCACUGACCUGGACAACCACUGACGAACCAUAUCAGAGCGAUUCUGAUUGCGAGGAGCUGGAAUUGUGUUCCUACAAGAUAAGCCAGCCGAGUCAGUGCCCUGACAUGCUUUUCUUCCUGUGUAGCAUGCUAGCUGGACAUCUGAGGACACUCUGCUGGACCACGUCGUUCCUAGACCACCUACACACACCUCUGCCAGAAGCCUGUUUUAUGACUCAGCUGCACUUACAUCUGUGUGACACAGCAAAUAAGAAGCAGCAGCACUAUGAGAGCUGCUCACAGGAGGCUGCACACACUGCAGUUAGAACACUAAUAGACCUUGGGGUCCUCAUGGAGGAACAUAAUGAAGACGGAGUCUUCCUGGGGCUCACUUCUUUGUUCCUGUUACCAGAAAACAGGCAGAAAGUGCAGCGCUUCAUCUCUCAGUACCUCUACAAUUAAUAUGUUAAGCAAGAGGAGGCGGUGACGCCACAGCCCUAAACUCCUUCGCGUCAAAGACUGUUUUGUGUUCGAAAGGCUGCACAAUGUGCCGCAGAGGCCUUUUGGGGUUAAUUGCAGUUUGAUUUUUCAGUUAUGAGACAUUGAUUUAAAGGUGUUUUUUUCUUUUGUAAUAUCAUUAGCAUAAAGCUGCAGGAGACGAAGAUUAUGAGGUUGCUGUAAUCAGCUGUGAGGGGAUGAUGAUGAUGCUGAGUGCUUUCCCCAUGUUUAUAUUGUAAUGAGGGUGCUUUUGUUUGCUACACGUUCCCAUUUCAACUCUUUUUUUUUUUUUUUUUUUUUUUUUCUGUUCAUUGUUUCACGUUAAUGGAUGCCCAUUCCGAUGAGGACCACUUCUGCUCAUUUCAUUGUUGAAUGCUAAAUUGAGUAUUUUGGUUUACAAACACAACAAGGAGUCUUAAUUUUUAAAUUGUAUUUCUUCAGCAAUUCAUAGUCAUUGCUCUUGUAAUAGCAGUCAUGGGUUGCACCUCAGGAGAUUGACCAAAACACCCAUGGCAGCAUCAACUACAGUUUGUGCAGACAAGAUGCCAAAUCCAGCGGCAGUGCAAAGCCAGCAUGAAACUCUACUGCCCCCCAGAGUUGCCCUGCAUGUACUUUCCAAUCCAGAUGCACAACUGAUACACCCACAUGAGAAAAUAGUGUUUCUGUUGAUUUGCCUGCUCGUUAAAACCGAAAAAUAAUUACCAUCUGUGAUGCUCUGCGAACAAUCACAGCUGAAAAUUAUUAGAGUGAUCACUUUCAGGUGGAAAUUUCACUAAAUUACUCAACUGUGGCAGUUGCAAAGUGUAAAUUUAUUCAACUUGAUUCAACUGCUCACAACAGAAUGAAUGACAAGGCAGGAAACUCCUACAGUAGUAUAUAGCGCCAAAAUUGCACCCCCAAAGCAUAGUCCACAAACCAUGCCCCUAACCCAAGAGCCAAGUGGGUGAGAGGCAUGCCCUCUAUUGUCCGCCACAAAACACACAUUGCACGUGUGAAAAUUAUACAUACUAUAUAUAUUUUUUGCACCGCUGCAGUCCCAUAUACAUUCUUCCAACUACUACAUGAAACCAUAUCUUCCAGUUAACGAGCUGUCUCAAUCAAGCAGGAAGCAAUCAAGGUAUUUUUUCAUUUCUUCUAGUACUUUAUUUUUGGAUGAAAAGUGCAGCUGAUAAUGUGGAUCGGUUUGGCAGACGUUCAGAUGACUGUGUUGAUGAUAGAGCCUAGCUGGUCUAUUUGGCACUCCACCACAUCUCCUUUCUGAAAGACAGAACCUGUUCAUCAGAGCAGAAAAUACUGGUACCAAUACACGAUUCAACAGCAGCAUUAGCGUUGCAAUACAAUAAUGGUAACAUUAAGUUACCAUAUAAAUCAAAACAAAUCAUUUGUAAAAGUAGACUUUUUGACACAGUGCUUGUAUUAGAUUGUUCAGGUGUAGCUAAUGUUGGGGUCUGUGAGCCCAGAUUUUGUGCAACUGUAUCUAAGGUUAGGCUAAUUGGAGACUUGGACGUGUGAAUGUGUGUGUAAAUGGUGGUUUGUCUAUAAGAGCCCUGCGAUUGGUUGCCGACCUGUCCGGGGUGUACCCCGCAUCUUGCCCAGAGUCAGCUGGGAUAGGCUCCAGCUUACUGGUGCCCCUAAUGAGGACAAGCGUUGUAGAAAAUAAAUUGCUAGAUGUUUUUCAGACACACGCCAGCUUUUACUGCAUCUUUAUCACCGUCUGUUUUACACACCUUGAGGAAGACGGGUGGCUUUCUGAACACACCAACGCCAGGAGGGGUGCCUGUCAGGAACACAUCACCCGGCGUUAACGUCACAAACCUGACAAGAGGAAGAGGAAAGAAGCAAGGUAGGACAUAUUUCAAAGACAUGUUACUGGCAUACUCAGUACCACCUAAUGACUGCAACUGUCAGAGCUCCUGCAGUUAAGUUUUCACAUGCACUUUGGUUACGAGCAAGAUGAGACCUUGCGGUGACCAAGAUGUGCAGAACACUGACAUUUCAGGAAACACAUUAACAAAAGACAAAACACAUUACAAUCGAGCAAUCACUGCUGCCCGCACUGGCGUGUGAGUGAAUGUUUGGUGGUGGUUGGAGAGGCCAUAGGUGCAUAUUGGCUGCCAGGUUUCAGUCAGCCUACCCUGGAGCAGCUGCUGCUACAGAUGUAGUUUACCACUACCAGUGUGUGGUUGAGUGAAUGAGCGCUUUGCUAUCAAAAUCUAAUCCAUUAUUAUUAUUAUUAAUCACACGUGUGAUUAGUAAUGAAAUAUACCAAAGCCCAGUUUGACAGGAAUGGAGGCCAAUAAUGGUGCAUGGAGUUGAAACGAUUAGCGUUGCACGUGUGUGUGCAUGAUGUGCUGAAUAAAGACAUGAAAUGGUUGAAAGCAAGGUGCUCAAACAUAUAUCUGCCGCGUCAGACAUAAUGAAUGUAGCAGACAUACACAUUUGUAUGUGUCCUUCAUUGCUUUGCUGCACCGUUAUUCCAUGUGGGUGUCACAUCUUAACAUUAAUUUGUCGGAAACAAUGCAUUUGUUAGUUUUCUGAAAGAUUUGUUUGUAUGCGUUUCAGUUUGUUAAAGUGUUUUGAACUUUCCAGCCACUGUAGGAAUCGUUCCUUCUCAGUCACAAUUGUAAAACUGUAAAGGCACUGUUUUUGUUUUAUGUAAAAUUCCUAACUGUCAUAGAAGUGUUUUUUUUUUUCUGGUAAAAUAUAUAAUACAAUAAAAUUUAACUACUUGCCCUUUGAAGGUACCGGACAGACAAACAGGAAGGUGUUUACAGAGCAAUGCUGUCACUCAGUGGCCUUUGUAGGUACUGCUGCACUGACUACUUGUCGACAGGCAGAACACAUACAUGUACCGUGUGUUGCUUUGACGGUUUAAGUCAUUGUAAUGAGAAGCUAACCCCUUUCCAAUGUCACAGUAAGUUCCAUGGGUUACAAGCACAACCCCUUUGCUGUAAAGAGCCAGGUAUGUUGAACUACUGAGCUUACAUUUAACUUGUAGUUUUUGAUGAUUCUGACUCUGUUGCAAUUUGCAUCGCCUGGUUGCUGUCACAUUCGGUGUUGUGGUGCGGUUGCGUCAACACUUGAGUUUGAGGGAGUCCGCCUGCACGUGGACAGAGACCCAUCUCUGGGGCGGUCUCGGUCCUCUGACCAAAUGAACCAGAACAGGAGAGAAAACGCACCACAGUUUUUUACUUUCGUUUUGUUUGACUUUCAAGGUAUAAUAUUCCUCCAAGUUUGGAUUGUAACUCCGUAUUGUACGACUUUUGGGGCAUUUGACUAUGGAACUUUCCACGUAUUUGUUUAAAAUGUUUUCUUAUUUAACUUCAUUUUU